AUGGCAACACGAAGACUGCUUAUUACCGGCGCGACAGGCAAGCAAGGCGGUGCUGUUCUCGAUUCUCUUCUCUCGCGGUCAUCCGGCGCAUCAACACCGAUAGAACUUCUCGCAGUGACGCGCAACAUAGACUCGGCAAGAGCAAAGCACAUAGCUUCGAAACCCAAUGUUACCCUCGUCCAAAGCGAGACAGUUAAUCCCACCGGCAUAUUUUCCAAGGCCGGCUCUGUGGACAGCGUCUUUCUAGCCAGCGUCGCCGUACCUUUUGAACCCGGUGCUGAAGAAGAGCAAGCCUUACCCACUAUUGACGCGAGUAUCGCACAUGGUGUAAAACACAUAGUAUACACCUCUAUCGAUCGUGGUGGGCCAGCUGCAUCGAAUAUCCUACCUACCCAAGUUGGUCAUUUUGCUGCGAAGUAUCGCAUUGAGCAGUACCUGAAAGAGAAGGCUAGCAAGAGCGGAGUGACUUGGACAAUUCUUCAACCAGCGGCAUACAUAGAAAACAUAUCCCCGGAUCUCAACGGCAAAGCUUUUGCAAGUAUGUGGGCAGGCCUCGGAGACAAGCCGUUGCAAAUGGUAUCUGUGAAAGAUAUUGGCCACUUUGGUGCCCUAGCGCUGCUAGAGCCGGAAAAAUACAAGGGGCAAACAGUGUCGAUUGCAGGCGAUGAGCUUACUUUUAAGGAGGCCUGUGCCGUGUUCAAGGAGACCAUGGGAUAUGAUAUGCCUCAGACGUAUAGCUUUGUGGGGUCAAUGAUAAGAUUCCUGAUAAAGGAUGCGAGAGAGAUGAUGGCAUGGUUAGCAACGGUUGGGUACCAGGUCGAUAUCCCAACGGUACGAGAGUCAUAUGCGGGCCUACGGAAUUUUGCGACGUAUUUGAAAGAGAGCAGUGGGUUUAAGGCUCGCUAG